AUGUUACUUGAACUACCCUCCGGACCGCUUUCGGUGGAUAACGUUGAAGAUGCAGUCUUGCACCUCGCCGCUGCCUGUGAUGCCCCCUAUGCGAGCAGCCAGUCCCCAGUGACGUUACGCCCAGGUUCACGCUUACAUGCGUUUAUUAUCGGUAUCAGCCGGUAUGAACGUCACCCUCUACGCGGAGCCGCCUCAGACGCGGAUGCCAUGCAUGCUUGUCUCCGUGACAAGUUCAACGUGCCAGACCACCAGAUCACGGAUCUCCGCGACGAAGAGGCCACGCGAGACGCCAUCAUCCAAGAGCUUACAGCGAUGCGCACCCGACGUACCAUCGAUAGGAACGACCCUAUAGUCAUCUAUUUCGCUGGAUAUGGCACUUCGCUGUCUCCGCCAAAGGCAUUCGGUUGGAUUCUUUCAUGGGACAACCCGCACGAGAAGAUGCGGGCAAUUGUCCCGUACGAUAGUCUCUUCAAUGAUAGGGCCAAAUGUGUCCCACCCAUCCUCGAUAGAACUCUUGCUGUGCUCCUCUCGAAUCUCAUGGAGGAGAAAGGGAAUAACAUUACCGUUAUCGUCGAUUGCUGCUACUCGGCCGACUCCGAGACGCGUGGGGCGAGUCCCUUACGCCUCCAGCGAGGCUUAGACACGGAGGAGUUCGAUGCUGUCACUGGAAUGCUCGACAAGAAUAUACUGGGUCAUCGGUUCAUGGUCCGUGGCGCGCUCAGAGUUGCUGCUGGCUUCAUCAUAGACGACCAUCUUCCUAAGCCACAUGUGUUUCUGUCUGCAUACAGUGCAGAGGAAGACGCGUAUGAGGUUGUAACUAGAGGCGAAGGGGAAUUGUCAGUCGAAGGAGAGUUUACCCGGGCCCUGCUGGACGUCUUGCACAACCUGGUGACAGACAAAGUUACAUACGAGCAGAUCGCACAACGUAUCAAGAGCGUGUCGAAAUUGAGGCCUCUGUGCGAAGGGGUUGACACUGAUCGGACCCUUUUCAGUUCACACGGAUAUGGAUACGGGAAAGUCGCCUUUCAGAUCGGCAUUGACGGGGACAGAUACACCUUGAGUGGUGGUACCGUUCAAGGCGUCGCGGACGACACCGAGUUCGCCGUAUACCCAUCGCCAGAUUACAUGGCUGGCGACACACCCUUGGCGCGAAUGAUCACCAUGAAGACCGCCAGACCCUUCGGCGCAGACGUACUCUACGCGCCAUCUUCGCCGACCUCGAGUCUAGCGAUUGGCGAAACUUCAUCGUACUUCGCAGUCAUGACACGCAUGGGCAAACUCGCGGAACUCCGUCUCCAUAUCGGUCUCUCGGAAGAUCUCGUGCCUGUCAUGAGGGCUGUUGCGAAGGACAGGAUUCGUGACGACUCGAGCGGUCCAGGUAUCCUCCUGGUCGACGAGACGGAGGCAAGCCUCAGCGCUCGGGCUACACGAGAUGGCCGUAUCGAGUACCUCAUCCGAGACUCGUUGAUCAGAGAACACGGUAUUGAAAAGCUGAACGCGACGACGUUACCUACCCACGAAGAUAUCCACCCCGUCCUCGUGGCUGCGUCCAGGUUCUUCUGGCACCUGCGUCGUUCACCAACUUCGAGCGAGCGACUUGAGGACGGUCCCAUCUCGAUUGAGAUAUACAGCGUCGUCAACCAAUCUCUUGCGUCAUUCUGGACGACAUCCUACGGUAGAUCUGGAGAGGACACAGUGCAAUCCGGUAUUGCCAAUGUCGUUGCAGACGGUAGAACGCCGUAUGGAAUAACAGUGAAAAACACCUCGCACAAACCGCUCUACCUGUGGUUGUUCUACUUCGACUGUAGCACCUUAUCAAUCACUGAAUACUACGGAUCGAACGCCAAACGGCCUAUCUACCCAGGGGGUCAACUACUCAUAGGAGAUGGCCCUAAUGAGGACUAUCAAGGAGGGUUGCCGUUUGUCUUUUGGGUACCCCCUGGCCAGGAGUUGGACGUCGGCCUCAUCAAAACCUUCGUGACUACGGAAGAUGUCGACCUCUCAUGGAUCGCGCAAGCCUCUCCAUUCGAGGAUUCGGGCGCACACUGCUCGAACGUUCAGGUACGGGCACGGCGAAGCACCGCUAACGACGAGGUCGCACAGUGGAGUACAGCUCUGAUCACCGUGGUGCAACGCCCCGGGCCAUCCUGGGAUAGUGAGUAG